GGGGAGGCCGGGGCAAGUCUUAAAGGGCCCGAGCAUGCCGCUGCUUUUGUGAUAGGGUCCUUUGAUCCCGAGGAGCCGCGCCGCCGCCGGCUGAAUCAGGCAGUUGUCGCCGGGCGGGGAGGAAGAGGAGGAGGAGGAGGACAUGCGCCCGCUGCCAUAAUGGAGAUAAAAGACACGGGCAGCGUGGUCCUGACAGCCUACCACUCUUACACUCCAUCCCGGCUGGAGCCCAGCUUCGCUCCGGAGAGCCCCACCAGCAGGUCGCCUCUCAGGAAAUCUCUUCCUCGAUGCCAAAGAAUUAACAGAAUGCUGUCCAAUGAAUCCUUGCGGCCUCCAGUGUACAGCCGCUCCAAUUCUCAAGCCUCUGUUGACAGCACUUCCAUGGAAGAUUUCUGGUGUGAGGUAGAAAAUAUCAAAGAGAACACAGAAGAUAGGCAAGAUGAGCAAACCCUAUUAGAUGUCAAGGCUCCGGACGAAGGGGAGCUGGAAGCUGAAUGGUUGCAAGAUGUCGGUCUGUCUACAUUAAUAUCAGGCUCUGAAGAGGAAGAUGGAGAAGCACUGCUCUCCACGCUGACCCGCACUCAAGCAGCAGCAGUGCAAAAGAGAUAUAACACCUAUACUCAAACCAUGAGAAAGAAGAAUAAACAUGCAGUCAGAGAUGUGCGUGAUAUUUUUGGUAUUCAUGACACUCAUCCCACAUUUGAGGCCAUACCAGUGUCACCUGUUACAACCAAUGGCAUCCAACUUCCUGCGGAGAAACCAGGUUGGGAAAUGGUUAACUCUGGUAGCUGCCUAGAAUGUGAAUUUGAUAAAGACAGUCAGUUGGUGAAAGAAGAGCUAUCUUUUGAGGUCUCCUUCUCCGAAUCAAUUGUGGUUAUUCCAAAACACAGAGAAUGGCACAAAAACCAAAGGUUAAGAAAGGAUGAAUCUUCCUUGCCUAACUUUACGAUUAGGAAAAGCCGUUUUGGACUGACGGAAGUUGGAGAUUUGUCUCUUGAUGACAUGAAGAAAAUUCGCUAUCUCUCUCUGAUUGAGCUAACAGCCUUCUAUGAUGCUUUAGGAAUAGAGCUGAAGAGGAACCGAACAGAAAGAGUCAAAGGACGAGAAAAUGGCCUUUUCGGUGUUCCACUAGCAGUCCUGCUGGAAAAUGAUCAGAAGAAGAUUCCUGGAAUAAAAGUCCCUCUCAUCUUUCAGAAACUGUUGCUCAAGCUUGAGGAGACGGGUCUGGAAACAGAAGGGAUUCUUCGAGUGCCUGGAUCUGCUUCAAGAGUUAAAAGUCUUCGCCAAGAAAUUGAAGCAAAAUUUGAUGAAGAGACAUUUGACUGGGAUCAGGUACGCAAUAAUGAUGCAGCAGGUCUGCUGAAGAUGUUUAUACGAGACCUUCCAAGCCCACUCUUCACUGUGGAAUAUCUGCCUGCUUUCAUCACAUUAGUGGAAAAAAUCUCCAAAGUCAAAUUACAGCUGCAAGCUUUGCAUUUGCUGGUCAUGUUGCUUCCUGAUGCCAGCAGGGACGCAGCCAAGGCCCUUUUACAGUUCUUGAAGAAGGUGGUUGCAAAUGAAAGGAAAAACAAAAUGACUUUAUGGAAUGUAUCCAUGAUUGUUGCCCCAAACCUCUUCAUCUACAAAGGCAAACGUGCAAACCAAGAAGAGAUGCUAGCAGCAGCCACUACAGCACAUGUCGUGAGACUUUUGAUUAAAUAUCAGGAUAUCCUGUGGAUGGUUCCAACAUUUCUGAUAUCUCAGGUGAGAAAGAUGAACGAAGCUGCCAUAAACAAUACAAAGAGACAGCUGAUGUUUGACAAGGGUGUGCGAAGGCUAUUGAGAAGAAAAACUAUGGAACGGGAGAGGCCUGAAAGAACAGAGGUGUCUGAUAUACCAGAAGGGGUGAUAAGAGUUCAUGCUCCAUUGCAUUCAAAAAUCUCUAUGGCAAUCCAGCUGAACAAUCAAACAAAAGCCAAAGAUAUUCUGGCACGGUUUUACUGUGAAAACAGCCACAGAUCAUCUGAGAAGAUGCAGAUUCAAAGUUUACAUGAAAUCGGAGGAAAUAUAGGACAGCACUGUUUGGAUCCAGAUGCUUACAUGCUGGAUGUUUACCAUGCAAAUCCUCAAGCGGAAUGGGUGAUAAAACCAAAAAUAAGUUGAAACUUGUAAAAAGACACCUUGGCAAAUCAUUUCUGAAAAUGCCAAAAGGAUGGUUGAAAAGCUUCCACAUGAAGAAGAGCCAUGUUGCUAAGGAUGAAACCAAAGUAGUUGCUACUCUGCAUGAUCUUCUGAACAUAUUUUAUAAUAUCGUCCCUUCCAAUGCCUCAUACAACCCAACCUUAGGGUUUGUUAUAAUAAUUUAUUUUGAAAUGAGUACAUUUUAAUACUGGUUUUACUGGUGCCUGUUUCAACUGACAUGAAGGAAUAUAGAUAGAACUUUUUUGUUUAACAGAAUAUAAAAACUGGAUUUCCCCCCCUAUCUUGCCACCUGCCUUUUAUAUGGAAGAAAUACUGAGGCAUCCCAGGACACAAAGGAUGAACCACUAAUAACAAGUUAGUCAAAGGAAAAGAAGUAUCAUUCAAUAAGGAAAAUGGCAGUGCCAAAAUUCUGUGACAACUCAUUCAUGUUGAAAGGAAAGCUUUUAUUGUCAGAUGUUAAUACCUGUGCCUCAGUUCUUAUUACUACUGCCAAAGAGAAGGGGGAAACUACUGUGUAAAGGCAAUUUUUUUUACUGUUAAUUUACUGUGCAUGUAUAUAAACAUA